AUGACCUUGUAUCUGGACUCUCUGCAACCGCUGCUUCCCGAUGACAUUCGAAAACAACUAGACCACGCGCUGCUCCCCGAAAUCAAGACUAUUGUCGACACCAUCCUGCGCCUCGCCGUGGGCGCUUCAGCCCCCAGGAGCUGCGUGCUAUCAGGCUGGGAAGACCUCCAGCCCCGCGCGUUCAGGAUAAUGGACGACCUCAAACGCGGCGAGCGGCCGCUCCCCAGCCAAAAACGCCCCCGCGAAGACGACGGCUCGGACUCCUCCGACGCGAAGCGGUCCAAGACCUCGGACGCGGACGCGGUAUCUCCCGCACCCCCCGCUGCAGACGACCCGUGCGUCUUCGCGCUCCACGGUGUCUCCGUCACCACCCCCGUCCGCAAGAAGGUCACCCUCGCCGUCCACCGCGCCUCCAUCCGGCUCACGCACCCGACCACGGGCAAGGACGAGUACCCGCCGAUCCCGCUCGCCUCGCUCCAGCGCGCCUUCCUCCUCCCCACCCGCGGCAAGCCCAAGCCGCACUGGUCCGUCGUCCUCCUCUCCUCCGACGUCCCCGCGCCCGUCCCCAAAGGCCCCGCGUCCCCCGCGACCGCCGCCGCCGCGCAGCUCGUGUUCGGGCUCGACGCGACGCUCCCCGCGCCGCUCGCGACCUCCGCGGAGACGCACGCGAAAGGCGCGCCGUCGCUCCCCGCGCUCCGCGCCUUCCUCGCCGCGCUGCCCGUGCCCGCGGCGGAGCCGUCCGCGGCGCUGUUCAAGAGCGCCGUCGCCGCCCCGCCGCCAGGGCCCGACGGCGUGCCGGCCGCGGGCACGGGCGCCGGCGCGUACCGCGGCGCGAAGGAGGGCACGCUCUGGUUCCUCGACCGCGGCGUGCUCUGGGACGGGAAGCCGUGCGAGUUCUUCGCGCUCGAGCACCUCGCGCCCGCCGAGACGCAUGGCGGCGAGACGGUCGUCCAGGGCGUGCGCACGCUGAGCGCCACAGGGCGCACGUGCUCCGUCCUCAUUCGACGGGUCGUCCAGGGACAGGCGGACAAAGCCAAGGGUAAGGGCAAGGCCGAGCAAGAAGGAGACGACGGGGAGGAGAGCGAGGACGAGGUGGAGGUGGUCGAGGUCGACUUCGGGAUGGUCGACGGGAAGGAGCAGGAGCCCAUCGCGCGGUGGAUCAAGUCGCGGAAACACCUCUUUGGACGUGCGGCGGUGGAGGCUCCCGGCGGGUCAUCCGGACCGGACGCGAACACCAAGGGAAAGGGCAAGGGCAAGGAGACGGCGGAGGCGGCGAAGACGCACGACGAGGAUCCGCGCGCGGAGGACACCGAGGACGAGGAGGACGAGGACUUCACGAUGAGCAGUGACGACGAAGAAGACAGCGGCAGCGAGAGCAACGAGGACAGCGAUGCGAGCCAAGACGAGCAAGGCGAUGGGGACGACGGCGAGGGGAACACGAGCGACGAGGAGACCGGGGACGAGGCGGAAGCGGAGGGGGAGGACGAGGACGAGGUGGAGGAGCUUGACCCCGCGCAUCACCCGCUCCUUCGGCCUGGUGCAAUGCCUCGCAUGUCCAAGGCGGCGGUCGAUGCCGUCGUCGGCAUGGUCGAGCAAGAUAUGAUGGGCGGUGGACGACGCACGGCCGCGGCAGACAGCGAAGAAGAGGACGAAGAGGACGAGCUGGAUGAAUGA